AUGGCCGUGGUGAUUGAGGCUGGGGUGCCCGGCGGGUGCGCCGGCCACCCGGGAGCGGGGCCGGAGGUGUCGGCCACCUGUCGAAGGGUAUGCGGCAAGUCCUUCAGCAACGCGUCCGCGUUGACCAAGCACCGGCUGACGCACAGCGACGAGCGCAAGUACAUCUGCACCAUCUGCUGCAAGGCCUUCAAACGACAGGACCACCUGAACGGCCACAUGCUGACCCACUGCAACAAGAAGCCGUACGAGUGCACGUCGGACGGCUGCAACAAGUCGUACUGCGACGCCCGCUCGCUGCGUCGCCACGUCGAGAACAUACACGGGCAGCCG